AUGUGGUUGUUGGCUGCAACGGUUUGGGGUAAAGAUUUCAAAGGAGGUACCAUUGUUGAAUGGGGUGCACAAGAUCUUAGUUUUGGAGAUGUCCAUGUCUUUCCCAACACCAUUUGGUCAAUGAUAAACAAUGCUGCUUCCAAUUUUCGAGGAAAUAUCCAAGUCGAUAAAACUGGUGGUCUUUAUGUUUCCACCAAUUCAUCAGAUAUGCAAUUAUCUGCCACUGCAAGAGAAUUUGCUUUACAUCCGGUUUAUUCGUUCAUUAAUGAUGGUAUUGUUUCGUUCAAUGCAAUCAAAGGUGCCCCGUUAUACGCGUUUUGGAUCAUUGGUAAGACGUUCAAAAACACAGGAGAUUUGUUCUUUUCUGCUUCUGGUGAAGGUACGGCUAUCAGCGGUGUUAAAUCAGAAGAUUGGCAUAAUAAUGGUAACAUACACUUUUAUCAAACAAAAAAGAGUGGAAGUUUUGUCCAAUUGGGUAAGGAUGCAAAGACAUUGCAAAACGAUGGACAAGUUUGUUUUACCAAUCAAAAUUGGCAUCAGCUUGCUGGUGUGUUGGGAACUGGUUGUUUUACUGCACUGGGUAAAUCAUCAUUCUACUUGAUGAACAAUGCUGUGCCAUUUUCAGAGAAUCAAAUCUUGUAUUUAGACGGUAGCGAAUCUUCAAUCAUGGCAAUCCCAACAAACUUUGGACCUUUAACUUACCAUGUGAGAGGGUUUGGAACUUACGAGGAUGGUAAUGCAAACAAGAUUGGUUUAACUGCUACGUUACGUCAAUCAGACGCUGGCGAGCCUGCAUGGGAAUACGACGUAAAAAACGGUAACUUAACAUUGCGGGUAGGUCCUUAUGUUUCUAGUUUUGAAAUUGGAACAGGUUAUGAUCCUAAAAAGUUCGAGGUCGUUAGUGAUACAAGCGAAGAAAUUCCUCAAGUUCAUUUAGGAGCAGUGCAAUACAAUGGACCACCACCACAAACAGGCAUACCAGCUGAAUGCAAACCAUGUAAGCCAAUCCCAGACAUACCAGAAGUUGCCAAGCCUGCACCAUCAUCAUCGUCUACUGUUGAGACAACAUUGAGAACGUCAUUGUCGUCAUCAUCAGCUGCCACUGAAACGACUUUGGAAACAACAACAUCUGCUGUAGAGACAACGAUGAGCACAUCAUCAACUCCUGUUUCACCUACAGGUACACCUAGUCCUUCAGAAACCACUUCUGUUAGCAGUUCCUCCAAAAGUCGUCGUAUCAAGACCGUUACGGUUAUGGAAACAGAUAUUGUGAUGUUUACCUCAACUGUCACCAUCACUAGCACAGUGACAUUAUGA